AUAUGCAAAAUAUCUAUAUUAUAUAUAUAGAGAUAUUUGCUGUCAUUCAGAGCAAAAUAUCUGUCUUCUGGAUCUGGUUCACCCUUAAUUCAUCCUCAAUAAUCCGUUCCCCCGAAUCCCCGAUUUCCUCAGACAAAGAGAGAGAUGCGGGAAAUCAUAAGCAUACACAUAGGUCAAGCAGGGAUUCAGGUGGGAAAUUCCUGUUGGGAGCUCUACUGCCUCGAACAUGGAAUUCAACCUGACGGAAUGAUGCCCAGUGACACCACAGUUGGUGUUGCACACGAUGCUUUUAACACCUUCUUCAGUGAGACUGGUGCUGGCAAGCAUGUGCCUAGAGCCAUAUUUGUUGAUCUGGAACCUACUGUCAUUGAUGAAGUUAGGACUGGAACUUAUAGACAACUUUUUCAUCCUGAGCAACUUAUUUCUGGCAAGGAAGAUGCUGCGAACAAUUUUGCCAGAGGACAUUAUACUGUUGGGCGGGAAAUUGUCGACUUAUGCCUUGACAGAGUAAGAAAAUUGGCUGAUAACUGCACUGGUUUGCAAGGUUUUUUGGUAUUUAGUGCUGUUGGUGGUGGUACUGGCUCUGGUUUGGGUUCAUUACUUUUGGAACGCUUGUCGGUAGACUACGGGAAGAAGUCCAAACUUGGCUUCACAAUCUAUCCUUCUCCUCAGGUAUCUACAGCUGUGGUGGAACCUUACAACAGUGUACUCUCUACUCAUGCUUUACUUGAACACACAGAUGUGACUGUUCUUCUGGACAACGAAGCUAUAUAUGAUAUCUGCAGGAGAUCCUUGGACAUUGAAAGGCCAACUUACACCAACUUGAAUCGUUUGAUAUCCCAGAUAAUCUCUUCUUUGACCACUUCCUUGAGGUUUGAUGGUGCCAUUAACGUGGACGUUACAGAGUUUCAAACUAACCUUGUACCGUAUCCUCGUAUUCAUUUUAUGCUCUCGUCAUAUGCCCCAGUGAUCUCAGCUGCAAAAGCUUACCAUGAGCAAAUAUCAGUUCCUGAGAUCACGAGUGCAGUCUUUGAGCCCUCAAGUAUGAUGGCCAAGUGUGAUCCAAGACAUGGGAAAUACAUGGCAUGCUGCUUGAUGUAUCGUGGGGAUGUUGUCCCAAAGGAUGUGAAUGCUGCUGUUGCUACCAUUAAGACAAAGCGGACGGUUCAAUUUGUCGACUGGUGCCCAACUGGUUUCAAGUGCGGCAUCAACUACCAGCCACCAACUGUGGUACCUGGUGGUGAUCUUGCCAAGGUGCAGCGUGCGGUUUGUAUGAUAAGCAACAAUACAGCCGUUGCUGAGGUUUUCUCUCGAAUUGACCACAAAUUUGACCUCAUGUAUGCCAAGAGGGCAUUUGUCCACUGGUACGUUGGUGAAGGAAUGGAGGAAGGAGAGUUCUCAGAAGCCCGUGAGGAUCUUGCUGCUCUUGAGAAAGACUAUGAGGAGGUUGGGGCAGAAGGUGUCGAGGACGAAGAUGAGGGAGAAGAUUACUGAGAGUAUCAUUUUUAUGCAUUCCGCCUAUCCUUCUGCAUCUAUCUAGUUUUUUUUCUCAAUCUGCAAAUUGUAAUAAUUUCAUCCAUGGUUUCAAAUGGCGAAUGCUCUCUCUCGCUCUCUAUUUUGUGUGCUGGUUCUAUUAUUAUGAUGGUUUUUUAGUUGUUUUCA